ACAAAAAUACCUAAACCACAGCUGAGCGCCGGGCAUAACCAGGACAUAGUAAAUCCAGAGUGCGCUGGAUGUCAUGCCGUCGAGGGAGUAUGCUACGAUAUGAAUGAUGAUGGCAUUGGAGAUGGAUGUCGUUGUCCGGUGGAUCGGACACAUUCAUCAACUGUGGAUUCAGACAGCCAACCAUACGAGAGCCCCACAAAACACCAUCAGCAAUCAAGUUUGAGUUCGCCGUGUACGAGGAAACAA